AUGCAUAUGGAAGAUAUUUUAUCCUCUACAGAUAAGGGCGGUCCGGUGCAUGGCUUGCAAUACGUAAAUAAUGUACUUGUGGGGAUUAAGAUCUGGGUGUUGAUCUUGCUGGAAGCUGAGGCCGAGUUCAAGAGCUUUAUUGGCAAGGACUGGUCAAUUGGGAAAUGCGAUCGGGCUAUUAGCCAUGAGCAGAUCCUCGUCUCUCCCUCGCGUCUUGUUGCAGUGGGUAUUGCCCACACGAUCAACAUUAGAUACCGGGGUAAGCUGAUCGUCACAGAGCAGACACAACACCACAUGGCCAUCAAAAUGGGGCCUUGCAUGGCCGAGUUUGUCAAUCUCGCAUUGACGGGUGACAGCGUCUGCAUUCCCGACUCUGCUAAAUGCGAUAGGGAUGAUCUAGAUUUCUCACACCUGGCCCGUUAA